AUGCCAGGCAUGAAAUGGUUUCAGCUUGUGAUUGAGACCCCAGAGCCUGGCAAGUGGGAGUUGUCUGGGUAUGAGGCAGCCCUGCCAAUCACGGCGAAGUCAACAUUGACCUGGGAUCUGGACAAAGCUGAUGCUGAGCAAACUGUUCGAUUGCUGGGGCAAUGUGAUGCUGAGCUCUUCCGGGAGGAGGGGCAAGUCAUGCCCACAUACCAGUGACUUUACAAUGAGUCAACUUUGACCACCAUGGAACAAGUGGCUGAAAAAGUUCAGAAAGUGCUGAGGGUACCAGCUCGGGGGCUGGUGGUGCUGAGUGGAGGGGGCAUCUCUGGCAGGAUGGCAUUCCUCAUGUCCGUCUCCUUUAACCAGCUGAUGAAAGGUCUAGGACAGAAACCUACCUCAAUGCCUGAUGAAAGGUGUAGGACAGAAACCUACCUCAGUGCCGGAGGCGACAGGUCUGUGGUGGCCUCUAGGGAGGGGACAGAAGAUAGUGCCCUGGAAGUUGAGGAACUGAAGAAGGUGGCUGCUGGGAAGAAGAGGGCGAUUGUCAUUGGCACUUCGGUGGGACUCUCCCGGGAGCCGCAGCUGCUGAACUCAUUUGCUGCAAUUACUGAGGCCUGCGACCCCUGGAGCCCGUGCUCCCCAACCGGAGAGGCCACCAUGGCUCCCUUUGUGGCAGGCCAGAUGGAUUACUGUGUGGAUAACCCAGACGUCUUUUUGCCAGUCCUGGUUGGUUUCAACCCAUUGAGCAUGGCCAGAAAUGAUCCCAUUGAAGACUGGAGUUCAACAUUCUGACAAAUAGCGGAGCGGAUGCAGAAACUGCAAGAGAACUAGGAAGCUUUUGUGAUCAAUCCUGCAAUCCAACCCGAGGGCCUCAGUGACUCCUUCUGGAUGAAAGGUCGAAGCGCCGCCAACAUCCUUCUGGAAGCCCUGUUGCCAGCAGCCCACAAGACUGUGGACCAUUAUAGUCACCUUUCUCCCAGAUGCCUUUUGGAAAUCCUGCAGACAUUUGAGUGGGCUUCUCAGGUGACCUAUGGUCAAAGCCCCGAGAUUGCCACCCUGAUGGAACAGGCCAGCACCAGGUAUCCUGGUGAGAAAGGCCAAGUGUACCUGGUUGGCUGGCAGACCCUGGGCAUCAUUGCCAUCAUGGAUGGAGUAGAGUGCAUGCAUACCUUUGGUGCAGAUUUCCGAGAUGUCCAUGGCUUUCUCAUUGCUGAUCGCAGUGGCCUGUUUAACUAGGAGGCUGAGCUUAUCAACCAGGGUCCCCACUUCUCCUUCUCCCAGGAAGACUUCCUGACUUCCAUCCUGCCGUCCCUCACAGAAACUAACACUGUGCUCUUCAUUUUCACCCUGGAUGACGGCCUCACGGAGGUGCAGACACUGGUGGAGCAGGGGAAGGAGACCCCAACACCCAACAUCCAGGCCUUAGCACACAGCACCGUGGGGCCGUCCCUGCUGAUCCCUCUGAAGAAGCCCUUCCCCUCCAUCAGCAGCAUCACACGGCCACUGCUUUUCUUCAGAUAUGAAGGGAACUUCAUCCAGAAGUUCCAGCAUGAGCUAAGCACCAAGUGGGUGCUGAAUACAAUGAGUAUAGGGGCCCAUGUGCUUCUUGGGCAGAUCCUCCAAAACCACAUGUUGGACCUCCUCAUUCAUAACUCCAAGCUCUUCUGGUGAGCCUUGGCCAUGCUGCAGAACCUCCUUCAGGUGAUCCACUUCCCUCAGCCACUGUUGGAUGAUAUGCAGGAAGCUCCCAUCUUCCAUGUCGAGGUUGCACAUGAGAAGGAACAGGUGAUCCCCAUAGCCUUGCUGAGCCUCCUCUUCCAGUGCCAAUGCUCUAUCCGCGAGGCCCAGGCAUACCUGGCUGCAGCUCUGUCUGUGGGGCUGUCAGGAGCGCCCUCUCUCGGCCAAGUCGGAAGUGCAAGGCAGACCCCCCUGGAGACUCUAAAACCUGCCCUGCCGUGA